GUUUUAUUUAUUUACCCGUUCAGUCUAGAGUCACAAACUUUUACCGAAGGUGUUGGUGGAUGGUUUGUUUAUUUUAGUGUCUUUGACAGAAAAUGGAUUCAUCAAAAAAAUCUAAUAUUUAUUUAUCCAGUCUAACAAAUAUUGGUUAUUUUGCUCUGGGGACAUGCACAGGAUGGACAUCACCAGUUAUGCCGAAACUUCGAAAUAUCACCUCAGACAGUCCGUUGAAAGUGAGUGUUGAUUAUCAGGAAGAAGGUUGGAUAAGUUCUGCUUUGACAAUUGGAGCUUUAAUUGGAUGUCCCUUGGCUGGACCAUUGGCAAAUAGAGUUGGUAGAAAAUGGGCCCUGCUUAUAAGUGCCUCCAUAUUUGCAUCUGCAUAUUUCUUAUUCUUACUAACCAGCACGAUCUGGCAGAUUUAUGUGGGUCGUGUACUGCAGGGAAUCGCUUCAGGACUUGUAUGCACUGUUAUGCCAAUGUAUAUUGCUGAAGUAUCCACCGAUGAUACUCGUGGACCUCUCAGUUCUACAAUUGGACUCUUCAUGACGAGUGGAAUUCUGUUUGUUUACACGAUCGGUGCAUUUGUGAGUUACUUGAAAUUGCAAUUUUGCUGCCUAGCUGUACCGCUUAUAUUUUUUGGAGUAUUUUUCUUCAUGCCAGAGACCCCUUACUUUUAUGCUAUGAAACGUCGAAAAUCGGAAGCUGUUAAGUCCUUGGCAUUUCUUCGAUGUCGCUGUAGAACAGCCAUUAGAGAUGAGAUCGAGCAAAUUCAAUCAUCAGUGGAUGCUGAUAUGUUGCAUAAAGGAACACUUCCCGAGAUUUUACGGAAUCCCCCGAAUCGAAAAGCAUUCCUCAUCUGUUGUGGACUUUUGUCAUUCCAGGAACUUUGUGGAACCGAUGCAGUGUUAUUCAAUACUGAAUCGAUAUUUAUAAGUGCCGAAUCACCUCUGAAACCAGCGAUUGCAGCUAUUUUUGUGGCUGCCACCCAAGUAGCUAUAAGUUUGGCUAAUCCAUUUAUUAUCAAACGAUUUAGCCGCAAAGCAAUGCUUAUGACUUCGGCUAUGGGAAUGUGCUUGGGACUGUUCGCCCUUGGAUUGUUUUUCUACGUUCAAACAUUUUCAGAUGCAACGUCAAUCCUUUGGAUUCCCAUUCCUGCACUCGUCCUAUUCAAUGUGAUGUAUUCACUUGGAUUUGGUUCUGUAACUUGGAUUGUUGUUGGCGAAAUUCUUCCGACAAAUAUUAAAGCUACUGUUUCAUCGUUCGCUACCACACUCAAUUGGGUGCUUACUUUUGUGGUGACACGGUUUUAUCCGGACAUAAAUGAGCUUGGAUCUUAUUAUGCUUUUUGGAUGUUUGCAGGAUUAUGUGGUCUAGGAUUUUUAUUUGUCCUUUUGUAUGUCAUCGAAACCAAAGGACUAAGUUUACAAGAAAUACAAGAGAAAUUGAACAAAAGUUGAUAUUGUUUUUAGAGGUUAAGACAAAAUUAUGUUCAGAAGUUACGUACUUAAGAAGAGUUUUAAGACAAAUAAUACAUUUUUAAGGUUAGUGAGA